AAAUUCUUGUGGAUCUUCAUUUUGUUUUCUCCUCAGAAAAGGCGCGCGGAUUAUGCUCCAUUUUAUACAGAGACAAUGCCUGAACAGGCCCUUUCGUCUCUAUCGAGCAUUGUCUACUGCUUCUCAAGGAACAGAAACCGUUAACAAGGACGGCGAAUCCUUCCUACGGCAGCAACGGACCCCAACCCCACGCUCACCGUAUACUCGUUCCCUCUAUGUUUAUGACCUUCCAGAGGACUACGAUCCUGCAACCGUGGUAAGGGCUAUUGGAGAAGAGCCCAUACACCGAAUCAGCCUCGGUGAGGAUACCAUGUAUGUGAACUUUUGGACACCCGCACAAGCCUCCCGAGUUUUGAAUCGCACUGGUGGGAUAUUGAUGGUCCAGGGGAUGGAUGCUUCUAUCAGAUUCAACAAAACUGCUCAGGACACCCUAACAGCUAGUUCUGUUGCUCAUCUGGGCAUUGCGCAUACUACGCGCGCACUCUUUGUGUUCGGGGAGUCCGUGCAGGAAAAGUCCUUGGAAGAGUGGAGGAAGUUAGCUCUUCAGUACGGGCCAUUGGAAAGUGUAAAUUUCGGGACACAAAAGGACAACUCACCGUUUGUCGUUAUCACAUUUUUGUCCGCUGAACACGCUCGUAAGGCCAUGUCAGGACUGAAACAUAGGCAUACUGUCAAGUAUCGGCGUGACUAUGAGGCUGCGAAUAGGCCUGACGUCCAGAGACGCGUCUUGCUGUCAGGACUUAACUCUACUCUUUCCACGACCGUCUUGACGAACCAUAUACUCGAUACGAUUGCAUCGAUUGGCCACGGAGAGAAGAUAAUCAAACUAAGUCGCAGCGGCCCUAGGAUUGGCAAAGCGCGAAAUCUUUUUUUCGAUUCUUUCAAAACUGCGAAUUCGAAUCCAUACGGACUGACGGUGGAACUACAGUCAAUUCGGCCUAUAUCUCCAUCCCUGUACCAAGCAAUCUACAGCGGUGCCAACAGAACUAUCCGUUUGUACACGAACAAGCAGGAAAUUCCCAGGACAAAAUUAAUGGACGACUUAAAUUCGAUGGGGCAUAUCGCCCAAGUGUAUUCAAAGGAAGGAAUAGCACUCAUUACUUUCAGCUCAAUCUUCGACGCGCUCAAAGCUGUCAGCGACCUUGCAGCAGGACGGCACAAUCUUGGUGAUUAUACGGGCCUUUCAGUAUCGUUUUCCAAGAACGACCUCCAGGCAAUCCUGAAGCCGGCCGUUAUUGCUGAGCCGGAAGGCAUCAAUGGUGAGGAAGAUGUUGAAAGAGAGAUUGCGGGAAAGGGAUCUGAUCCUGCGGACAUUAUUGCUAAUGUUAUGGCCUCAGAAAACUCUGCGACCACAUCUGUGGAUGACGGUGCCUUUAAGCAGAUACUGGAAACAAUACCUGCUGAACAGGAGACUGCAGAUGUAGCUGCGGAGAGUCCAGCCAAGGCAGAGCCAGCACCACCCAAUACCAGCACUUGAAUUAAAAUUACAUUAUUUGAAAAUAGUUCUAAUUGAUGACGUCACCUCGCUCGCUGUGUUACUUUCGGAGUUGAAUAUUUCUCGUUCUUCUUCCUUUCGUG